AGGAACAACUCCAUAGUCUGCUUCUGGCCUCCAUACGUCAUUACCGUCGACACAUGUCCCAGUAUUUUAUGAGGAGUGCCGCCCGCUUUCCAGGCCACCUUUUCCCAGAAGGCUCACCGAUGCCCCUGUAUCCAGUAGUCCCAUCAGCGUCCUCGGGCCCAACUUCACUCGUGCGAAUGGCCUGUCAUCCUGACAAAUUGCCGAGUGGACUGCAGCACACACCUGGAGCCGCCUCCUCUUGCGAUUCCUGGCCUGUUCGUACUGCCGCUGUCUUUCCUUUAUCGGGGGUAUCUAAUUUAACGUUGGAGGGCCUAUCUAUUGGCUGCUUCGCGGCGACGUGGAACUCGACUCCUCCAAUUGCGUCGUGCUCCUUUUCGCGUUUCCCGGUCGACAUUUAGGGCAUUUAGGGAGGAUGACCCCGGCCAGCCCGCACUUGUAGCAAAACAGGUUACGCACGGCCGACUCACACUCAAAAUAGGUGUGACCCGGCUGAGCGCAAUUCCAGCACUUCAGCUGGGUGCGGUCGCCUCCGGAUUCCCUCGUCCUAUGGACAGCAUCCAAUGCCUCGGUCUGUUCCUCCGGGUCGU